AUGGCUUCCUCAAGCAGGGCUAUUGCCAGCAUCCUUUCCUUAAUAGCCUUGGUGAGCCUACUAAUUGCUACAGUGGUCUCCAUUCCUAUAGCCACUCCCAGUUAUCUACCAAGCGGGGACUAUUUGAGGCCGGGCGGCUUCUUUAGUCGCUCCGGCUUUACACUUACGAUGCGCGACGAGGACUGUAACAUCGUCUUAACUUCCCCUCACUCCUACCAGAUCUGGCAAUCAAAUAACACCGAAGGCGGCAAAGGCUGCAGGGCCGGAUUGGAAUAUCAUGGCUCACUAGUCAUUCUUAAUCGAGAAAAUGAAGACGUCUGGAAUAGCGAUAACAAUCGUAAAGGCACGUAUCCAUUUAAGGUCAUCAUCAAUGUCAAAGACGGUGCUGUAGAGAUCAGAGACAAAUUUUAUGACAUUGUGUGGUCCUCCAAAUAUCAUAUCAAACGUUAA